UGCGCCGCUCAGACGAUCGCUCCGGGGGAAACGAACCGCGUCACGGCUUCUCCUGCGACGGACUCGACCGAAACAAGCCAAUCCGCGUUGGGAUCAUCCAAAUGAGCGAGGCAGCUCCUGCCCCCAUUGGCCAGCCCUCGAUCGCCGCCGACCAAUCAGAGGGAGCUGCGCAGGGUUCUCGCGCUGAGGCGGUUGGAAAAGGCCGUUUCCCUGGCGCCCUUCCCCCACCCGACUUCUCCUCCUGCCGCGCCGCCGACGACGGUUGGGCCGACUCGCGGCUCUUUGCCCGCCCUUUUCGGGUUUGGUUCUGCCGUUGGGGCCGGAGUUGAAUUACCAUGAGCGAGGGCGGUGAGGACUGGGCCCCGCCGUCCCCUAAGCAGCGGCGCUUAGACCCGGUUUGUCAACUGCAGAAGGAGACGGAGGCAGCCCAAGCGCUGGCCGAAAUGACGGCUUGGGGCGGCGGGAGCUUUGAAACCCCCAACCAGCAGGGGGCGCACGGAAGCUCCUCCGCCAAACCGAGGAGCCUGGAAACGGCCGGCCAACAGGGGGCGCGCGAAACCACCGGCCCCGCGGCCGGGGAGCGGAGCGCUUCGGCGGGGCAGAGUUUGGGGGCUCGGCACGGCCGGGCGAAGGGCGACGGGGAGGCGUCCUCCGACGAGGACCAAGGAAGCGCAGCGGGGGGCGUGGAGCCCGCCAAGGCGAAGCGGAGGAACGCGGAAGCCGCCGCCGUCGGGCCGAGCGACGACUACGAGGAUGGCCGGGAGGCCAAGAGGAAGAGGAAGGACGCCAAGGAGAGGCGCAGGGCGGCCGAGGUAGCAGCCGAAGCGGCGGAGGACGAGUGCUCCGUCAUUUCGGUGGGGGAGGAAGAGGAGGACGACGAGGAAGAGGAGGAGGAGGAGGAAGAAGAGGAGGAAGAGGGGGGGAAACGGCAACCCGCUCGCAAAACCGAGCAGUACUUGGAAGCCCUGGAGGCUGUGCAGCUGGAACUGGAAGCUGUCAACCAGCAGGCCAACCGUGCCUUUGCCCAGCUCAAAGCCAAGUUCAGUCACAUGCGGCGGCCACAUCUGGAGCGACGCAACGUCAUCAUCCAAAACAUCCCCGGUUUCUGGGUCACCGCUUUUCUCAACCAUCCUCAGCUUUCAGCCAUGAUCAAUGACCGGGAUGAAGACAUUUUGAGCUAUAUGACUAAUCUGCAGGUUGUGGAUUUCACCCAUGCAAAGUCAGGCUGCAAGAUCAAGUUCUACUUCAGCAGCAAUCCCUAUUUCCAGAAUGAGGUCAUUGUGAAGGAGUUCCAGUGUGGUUCCUCUGGGAGAUUAGUUUCUCAUUCUACACCAAUUCGCUGGUGGCGUGGCCAGGAUCCGCUAGCUCAUGGCCAGAAGAACUUUGAAAUGAGCCGCAGCUUCUUCAGUUGGUUCUGUGACCAUAGCUUUCCUGCAGGAGAUCGCAUUGCUGAGAUCAUCAAAGAAGACCUGUGGCCCAAUCCACUUCAGUACUACCUGAUGGGGGAAGGUGGUGAAAAUGGUGAAGAAGACAGUGAGACAGAAAAUGGUGAUGACUUUGUUGUGAUUGUGGAUGAUGAUGGCGAAGAUGAGGAAGAUGGGGUGGCAGAUGUCCAUGAGAUCAUAGAUGAAGAAGAGACUGGGCAAGGUGAAGUGGUAGAAGAGGUAUUAAGUGGCCAAGAAGAUGAUAUUGCUGGAUCCAAGUCCUCCCGAGAGGAGCCAGAUGGGAAGGAUUCUGAGGUGGAAGAAGAUGGCUAGAUUAGCUUCUAAAAGAACAGUGUAUCUGGUUGGACUUUACUGUGGGGACCUCAGUGGCACUUUGAUGCUGACCAAUUGCACUUGGACAUGGCAAAAGAUGGGGUGUAUCAGCAGCGGUCACAUAGAUUAUUUUGUAUCUUUAUUUAUUGUAUUGACUGCAUUCCUCUCUCUGCCCUUUUGGGGGCACUAUGUGCAAGCACCCUCUUAAUUGUUUGAUGCUUAGCAUCUUCUCCUACCUGCCUGUGUGGGGGCUGUACGCUUCUUUGCCCUGUCCCCUGGUGGCUACUCAGGGUCUUGUCUGCCCAGAGGCCUUUUUAAAACAGCUCAGGGUUUCCUUUUUCCAUUCAGCAUUAUUAAGCUGCUGGCUUUUCGCACCUUCCCUGAACUUCUGCUUAUAAGGAUUCUACUCCCCCUGUAUAUAUUUUAGCUUUAGUAUGCCUGCUAGUGGCCGACCAGUGCCUCAUGCCAUCAAAGCAUAAUCCCAGCCUUGCUUUUCCCACGUUGAGGAUCGGGCCUAACCAAUUGGGACUCGUCCAUUGCCAACGCAGGGCUCUGCCAUUCAAACAGACUUUGUAAUAGCUCCUGUUAAUCUAAAUGGCAACCUUGCACCCAUUGGCUUAGCUGAAGCAAUAAUAGCUCUCUGGUUGCGCACAGUAUUUUCCUUGGGGUGGUUAAUGCAAGGAAAAGGGCUGUGAUGAUGGCUUAUUCUUGUGUUCGAUACGUUCUCCAGUGCUCCAGUACAUGAAAGUAAUGGCAAGAUGUUUCUAGCAACAACGUGUAUAUGUGUUAUAUUUACAUACCAUGCAUUGGGGUUGUGAUUAAUUUUUGAUAUUGCUAAUUUUUUGUUAGGUUCCUAACACGUUCCAAGAAAAUAAUCUCAUUUCUCAGAAAAAAUUAGCAAUAUCAAAAAUUAAUCCCAACCCCAAUAAGAUCCAUCAGCUGAUGCAACAUGAACUUUUAACCCUUCAUCUUAAAAAAUUUUGCUGUCUAAAUUCAUCAGGGUUGACUUCUCAUCUUGUUGAUGUUCUUUACCACAUCCCUGUCUUUGUACAGCUUCAUAAAAGGAUGCAUGAAUUAUAUUUAGGUGAAUCUUCAACUUUAUCACACCCACUUCCAGAAUCAGUGAAAGGAAGAACUAUUCUGUCCAGCACAUUUUCUUCUGGACUUAAGGCAGAAGCGUUAGAUGAUCCAAUAGUGCUAUAUAUUUGGGUCCUGGAAGACAGCAGUAACUCCUCUUCUUGGUUUACAUCAUGAAAUACAGAGAGGACCAUUUCCUUCAUCCUUGAAGAACUUGGAAGAUGAUAACUCGAGCUUAGUAUUUUGGGGUCUGGUGUAUCAUUACAAUUUGGGGAGACAAAAUCUUGACUAGGUGAGGGUCCUGUUAUGCUUUCUGUGAAUUCCUCAACAGAAAACGUUGAAGAAACGGAAAACAUUUCUAAAUACUUCUUGGGUGAGUCUUCCUUAGAUGAACAAUCUAGAAUAGUAUGAGUAUUAAGAAGGGUCCGUUUAGGAUGGGGAUACUCAACUGGAAUUUUUCUAUGCUUUGGCAGAUAGCUUGGCAGCAUCUCCCUCUGAACAUUUGACUCUGGGAAUCUAAGGCCUAGACUUUCGCAAAGGGAGGUUUCAGAGAUAAAAACUUCAUCAGAAAGACAUUCUAGAGCAGAAAGACCAAGGUGAUCAGGAGGAAGGAGAGCCGUUCAUAUCAUUGCUUGGUGAGAGGGGAGCCAAACAAGAUAUCUCUCCUCCAUGUUGAUUCUUCGAAACCUGGGGAGUUUACAGCAAGACAAGGCCCUUGAUGAAAUUAGCAAUAUCAAAAAUCAAUCCCAACCCCAAUAAGAUCCAUCAGCUGAUGCAACAUGAACUUUUAACCCUUCAUCUUAAAUUUUUUGCUGCCUAAACUCAUCAGGGUUGACUUCCCAUCUUGUUGAUGUUCUUUACCACAUCCCUGUCUUUGUACAGCUUCAUAAAAAGAUGCAUGAAUUAUAUUUAGGUGAAUCUUCAACUUUGUCACACCCACUUCCAGAAUCAGUGAAAGAAAGAACUAUUCUGUCCAGCACAUUUUCUUCUGGACUUAAGGCAGAAGCGUUAGAUGAUCCAAUAGUGCUAUAUAUUUGGGUCCUGGAAGACAGCAGUAACUCCUCUUCUUGGUUUACAUCAUGAAAUACAGAGAGGACCAUUUCCUUCAUCCUUGAAGAACUUGGAAGAUGAUAACUCGAGCUUAGUAUUUUGGGGUCUGGUGUAUCAUUACAAUUUGGGGAGACAAAAUCUUGACUAGGUGAGGGUCCUGUUAUGCUUUCUGUGAAUUCCUCAACAGAAAACGUUGAAGAAACGGAAAACAUUUCUAAAUACUUCUUGGGUGAGUCUUCCUUAGAUGAACAAUCUAGAAUAGUAUGAGUAUUAAGAAGGGUCCGUUUAGGAUGGGGAUACUCAACUGGAAUUUUUCUAUGCUUUGGCAGAUAGCUUGGCAGCAUCUCCCUCUGAACAUUUGACUCUGGGAAUCUAAGGCCUAGACUUUCGCAAAGGGAGGUUUCAGAGAUAAAAACUUCAUCAGAAAGACAUUCUAGAGUAGAAAGACCAAGGUGAUCAGGAGGAAGGAGAGCCGUUCAUAUCAUUGCUUGGUGAGAGGGGAGCCAAACAAGAUAUCUCUCCUCCAUGUUGAUUCUUCGAAACCUGGGGAGUUUACAGCAAGACAAGGCCCUUGAUGAAGGUCUUACAGCUACAUCGAAUAGGUGUGAUAGAAAUCUCUUCUUUCUUCAAAGGAAGGUUGGUAGGGGUCAAAAUCUCUUUUCCAAAAACAGAAGCCUGCUGAUGGAACAAGGAAUUCAACCAGCACAGCAACAAGCUCUAGCAGAGAGUGUCGGCCUGAGUUGUUCCUUGACAAUAGGGGUUGAAUAGCAGAUUGGAAUGGGAGUUGUUAUUGCAUUCUGAGGUGACUUUUUAAGUCUCAGCUGGGAAGAAGUAUUGUUGGAGCUGUGAGCUGCUUUCCAGGGCUGUGCGACACCUGAUUUGGGAGUUUUUGAAGGGUCAGAUUUGGUUGGAGCCUCCUGGCCCAUCUGAGGGUUUUUCUUACCAUGUGGCUCAUCUUGCUGGCAAACAGUACAGAGCAAAAUAUUGUUCUAUUUUUUCUUCCUCUGGCUAGCAUGAAAUUUUCUUUUACCCGUGUAUAUGUGAUUUUAUGCUCCUGUGUUCUUUAUGUAUAACUGCAGACAAUUUUCUAGCAAUGUUUCCUAAAGCAUCAUACCCAGUUGGAUUUGCCCAUUCCCUAUACCCCACAGAGGCUGUUCUAUGCAAUGCUACUGAUAUUUGUAGAAAGGCAACCAUUUUCCUUGGCUGAUUAUUUUGUAUAUUUCGUAUCAGGACUUUGUACUUUUUUUAUUAUAAAAAAAGCACUUAAUGUACAAAGCGCUUUCCAACUUGG